AUGUUUCAACUCCUAACACUAGCGGCUUCAGUCGAUUUCACCGGCUAUCAGACAGCCUCUGUUAGCUUUCAAGGUAGUGGAUUCUCCGACUCUGAGUAUGACGUUUUCAACUGCCAAUUUCAUGAACUCGGAGACAAAGAAGGUGCAUCACCUGUUCAUUUCGAUGGGGGAGAUAGUAGUAAGACUGUUACUAUACAUGGAUGCACUUUUGAAAACUGCUUCGGUUCUUUGGGCGGCGGAUUGCAUUUGGUAGGUGACUUCAACUUGCGUUUAAUGUUCAAUUGUAUUAUAAAAUGCAAUGUUGGAGGAGACCAAACAGGAUCCAUUGCCUACAUCAAAGUAAAUCAGCCAUACAACGUUUCAUUUCUGUCAUCAGCCAAGUGUGGCAAAUCUAAUGAGCCCUUAUCAUUAACUAACUUCUUAUCGGUUACUCAAUGCAAUAUCUCCAGUGCUGAGUCAUAUAACUACAGAGCCAUAUCUGGAACAUACGGAAUCAUUUACAUAACUUCAGACUUUGAAAACUGUGAGUUUUCUUUCAAUACAAUUGAAAGAAAUACAAGUCCACAAUCAAUUAUCUACUUUUACCAUUUCAAGUACCCUAUUGUUUGCAGAAAGUGCAAUGUUUUAUAUAACGAUGUAGACACAUACUCACUUAUCAUUUCUGGAAACGCUGAUCCUGCAAGAGCUUCAUCAUACGUUCACAUAAUUGGUUUCUAUAUUUUUGGUAAUACAGUAAGAAGAUCCACAACUUAUCAAGCUCAUAACACUUAUGGAACAUUAAAGAUUGAAGAUUGUGCCGCAGAUUCACAUUCUUACACAAACUUCCUUCUUUACCAGCGCAUUACAUUCAUUGGUGAAAAGAUUACUUUGACUAAAGAUGAGCAUGAGAAGCUUGAGCACUAUACAACAUAUGAAUGCUAUGCCGAAUUACCACACUACUAUCCACCAACAGAAAUUAUCGUUACAACUCCCGAACAAAAUCCAAUACCAUCAUCUCCUGAGCAAAACCCAGCAAUCACAACUCCAGAACAGCAUCCAUCAACUGAGAAAACACUUCAAACGCAAACAGCUUCAUUUGAAUCUCCUACAUCAGUCUCUCCAAACGGAAAUAAUGGCUCAUAUAAUCUCACAGACAAGAAUUCUCAGAAGAUCAAUGAUUCCAAAUUUAACUGGAUAGUUGUUGUCGUUCCGUGUGGUUUAAUCCUUCUGGCAUUGAUAAUACUUGGUAUUUACCUUUAUAAGAGACAUAACAAAGAUGAAACUUCAUCAGAUUUCUAUUCUGAAGAACCGUUUCACAAUGAAGAUGCAGAAGUGAUUACUGACACAACAACAGUAACUUAUGAUAAUCCACUGUUCACAACUUCAGUUGUUGCUACUUCAUCAGAUCCAUUCAAAAACGAUUUUGAGGAACCACAUGAAGAUAAUGGAUAUAUGGACACCAAAAUAAUUGAUCCUGAAAAUGAUUGA